UGUGAACACGAAGAACAAACAAUCCGUCUUAUAGUAAGUUUCUUUACAGUUUUGUAAUUAUGGGCAUUAGUUUUAUUUCAUUGUUCUUGUGUGUCAUCAAAUCUGACAAAUUUGUAAUCUUAUUCUUAAGCCUACUGAUUAAAGCAUAUAGAUCCGCCAUCUUCAUUGUUAAUUGUUGCUGCUAAAAUCGCGGUAGUGAUCAUUAACAACAUAGUUCAAAACAUGACAAUCCGAUCCCGCCAUUACGGGAUCUACUCAACUAUAUUGAUUACUUCAUCAAUUAUUGUUUCUGUUAUUAUCAUCAACAUCGUGCCUUUUGGAUGCGUAACGAAAUUAUACCCCAAUUAUACCUUUUUCGGCCUUUUGACUAACAUCUUUCUGUCUUUGAUGUUUUUUUGGGCUAGUUUCAAUGGAACGAGUAGCUCCCUCAUCAUUUGUUCUCAAGGUAAAUAUCAGCUGCCAUGGAUGUGAGAGAGACAUCGACAAAGUGAUGCAAAAAAUUCCAGGACUAUGGCCUAAAUCAACGAUAAUAGAUGCAAAGCAAGGAAGAGUUACUGUUUCUGGCUUUGUAGACCCUCAAACCGUAAUAAGGGAGCUUAGGAAGGCUGGGAAAAUAGCAGAGCUCUUGGUAGAGCACAACCCUCGGGCUCCUGCCGCGGCUAAUGACCGGAAUUUGCAGAUUAUUUCACGGUCAGAAGUGGAUGUGGGAAAUACACGGGGUCAAGCUGUUGUCGUUGACCCAGUUCGCUUGGCGGCAAAUAUGGCCCAGUUCGUGAAUGGUAUUGAACGCUUGAAGUCAGUGGAGCUGACCCGUGACCGUAUAAAGAUGUCUUUCUUCGAUUAUCCAAGUGGGAAAUAUGGUGAUACAUCUCGUGGCAGUGGUGGUACAUCUCGUAGCAGUGGUGGUAAUACAACUAGUAUCCGUAAUAGUAUCAGUAGUGGUGGUGGUGGUAGUGGUACAACUAGUAUCCGCAGUGGUGGUGGUGGUGGUACAACUAGUAUCCGUACUAGCAUCAGUAGUGGUGGUGGUGGUGCAGCUCGUAUCCAUAGUAGUGGUAGUGGUGGUACAACUAGUAUCCGUAGUGGUGGUAGUGGCACAAAUAUCCAUAGUGGUGGUGGUGGUGCAGCUCGUAUCCAUAGUAGUGGUGGUGGUGGUACAACUAGUAUGCGUAGUGGUGGUGGUCAUCGUAUUAAGUCUACGGGAGCACGACAACCUUAA